GUGUUUCAGCCCUGCAUGAACUGUCAAAGCCGCAGACGAUGCUGCUGAAGUUGAGCAGCUCUCUCUGCUAAUCAGUCCCCGAUUUCACCUCCCGGGAGAGAGGAAUCGGGUCUGCCCUUUGCGCUCGUGCCGCUGAUUAGACAGAGAGAAGCUGACACCGCAGAAGACAGUCGCCUGGUCAAGAAACAUGUGGGACCUGAUAGGGAAAGCGGCCGUGGCCCUGGUGGCGGCGCGCCUCGGCUGGUCCGUCCUCAAGGGGCUCUAUGGGUCCUUCCUGGCGGCGGCGUUGGGACUCAACCUGAAGGUCAAGAAGACGGGCGAGUGGGCAGUUGUAACUGGAGCAACUGAUGGCAUUGGUAAAGCUUAUGCAUUUGAGCUGGCAAGGCAAGGAAUGAAAGUUGUGUUAGUCAGCAGGACAGCUUUCAAACUACAGAAUGUUGCUGCAGAAAUUAGUAAGUAUUGUGAGAAUGUAUUCAUAAAUGGAUCCUAGUAAGCAUUAAUGUUA